GUUUGAUUCUUCCCCAUUCGCCACUUCCCCUGCUUCUUCACCACCAUCUCAGCUCGGCCUUGACCUCUCCGUUGGUUUUUGAACUCUGAACAGCAUCCACAUACACACAUACACUUGCAGCCAUGAGUUACAUGCUCCCUCACUUGACGAAUGGCUGGCAAGUCGACCAGGCCAUCCUGUCUGAGGAGGAUCGCGUCGUCGUCAUCCGGUUUGGGCACGACUGGGACCCGACGUGCAUGCUGCAGGAUGAGAUUCUGUACAGCAUUGCUGAGAAGAUCAAGAACUUUGCCGUCAUCUACGUGGUCGAUCUGACUGAGGUGCCCGACUUUUGCCAAAUGUACGAGCUGUACGAUCCAUGCACGGUCAUGUUCUUCUUCCGCAACAAGCACAUGAUGGUGGAUCUCGGCACGGGCAACAACAACAAGGUCACCUGGGCCUUCGAGGACAAGCAGGACAUGAUUGAUCUCAUCGAGGUUGUCUACCGAGGCGCAAAGAAGGGCCGCGGUCUCGUCAUCUCCCCGCGCGACUGGAGCACCAAGCUCAAGUACUAACCGCGCAAUGGGAUGUCAGUGGGGAUGCUCCAAGCCGUGUUGUCCAUGGAUGGACGAAGCGAGAGAGAGAGAGAGAGAGAAGGCCUCACGCUGGUUAAGUUUUGACGUUCAGCCAACGUUGUUCCAGCAAAACCAAAAGCUCGUGUUGGCGAUCGGUCUAAUAUUUGGCAAUGUGGCAAUGCCGAAUGUUUGUUGUAUGUGUUUGUGGUGGUUUGUGUUUGUAUGUUUGUUUGUACUUGUAAACGUAUCUUAUGCAGUUGAGGACUCGGGGGAAAAAAAAAAAAACCAGGAAACUUUGGA